AGAGAAAAUUAGGUUUACUUUUGAGUCCCAUACUUAAUUGCCAUACUGUAGGUUAGCACUGUUCUAGUAAUGAUGAUCCAUUGUUUUAGAUCCGUUGCUAUUUUGUGUCACAACAUGAGCAUGCAAGAAAUAAAAACAAAAAUGCCAUUGGUCAAGCCAAAAGGUAUUUGCUCGACUCAAGGAUGUGCAGAGAAUGAAACCGAUGAGGCUCAUGCUAUCAGCAAAAUAGUUCAAGAAUGUUCGGUCGCACCAAGGCUUUGUCUCUCAUCUCAUAAAAACUAUCAAGGCUGUAUGAAACAAAAGUUACGAUGUCAACUUUAUGAGAAAAUCAAAUCUUACCUACAACGAAAUGUCAGCACAACAAAAGAUAUCCCUUCAACUUCCAACAUGGUACCAAUCAUACCGUCGAAACCAUCUAUCAAACUUUUGGCCGUUUUAUUACCUUGUACAAAUGAAAGUGUAAUUCGAAGACAUUUAUGGCGGUAUAAGAAGAUACUCUCCCAAACUCUGAAGCUGACACACAAGACGUUAUUUUUGCAUACUUGUAAUGUCAAUUUGAAGUCCCGAUUGAAGCCUUUGUUGUUGUCGCCACUGAUAUCUGGAAUUAUGUCCGUUCAAUGGAACUCCAACCCAAAUAACUCGACAUGUCAUGUUCAAAGUUUUGUAAAUAGUUGGAAUAACCUUUUUCAUGGUGCUCCUGCCAUUCCUAAAGUCCAAUACGAAUAUCAAAGAAGCCUUGUUGGAGCGAUGAAAUUCAUGGCCUCUGAGAUUCACAAGGGAACCAUCAAUCGGCGCUUGGAUGGCAAUACUUUGUUGGUCAACUUACAACAUACUACUCCACCCCAAUCCAGAGAAUGCUUGAGCAUGAAAAUGUUCAAUGCAUCAAAAGCAGAUCAAUCUACAAACAUGGGCGUUCAAAAUAUGGAAAUGUUUUUACAAGAGAGCCUUUCAGAGUGUGUUACACAGCCGUGUCCUCAAUGGGCCAUUUCAUAUGAAUCUAGUCAAGAGCCAACCGUGCCAGCUCUUGAGAACUCUAGUACACAAUCACCUUUACCGACGUCAACAUCAUUUGCAAAUUCAGAAUUCGCAAUGAUCCCAUCAGAUCUUGGCACUUCGGAUGUUAAACCUCUAUGGAGUACAAGCAAUGCCCAAACAACUUCAAGAACAGUUCUGAAAACAACCAAUCUCAUCUCUCUAAACUUAGAUUCGCCAGUAGAUCAAACAAUUAUUGCCACCAAUUCCCCCUCAACUGCCAUUGGAAACCCAGCUAUGAAGACCCCAACCACCUCCACUACUUCUGCAAUUACUAUCACCAUUGUCACCACUACCACUACCAUUACCUCCUCCUCCCCUAGUACUAUCUCUAUCACCCCCACCAUCACAACAAUAACAACAACUACAACAACUACCACAACUACUACUUCCAUGACGACUGCUCCUCCUCUUACUACUACUACUACUACUACUACUACUACUACUACUACUACUACUACUACUACUACUACUACUACUACUACUACUACUACUACUACUUCUACUUCUACUUCCACCACCACCACAACUACUACAGUUAGUCCUACAACUACUACAGUUAAUCCUACAACUACUACAGUUAGUCCUACAACUACUACUCCCACAAUUCCUACUACUAGUAUUGCUGCUGUUACCACCACCGCCGCCACCGACACAACAAAUACUAUCAAGACCACUAAGGCAACUACCACCAAUAUUGUAAGACUGUGGAAACCGGCCAUUGUCCCUUUUUCUACGAACACCACAUCCAUCGAUAACAUUGACAUUGAAUUCAAUAGGAGUCCGACCCAUUUUACAACAAGUCAAGAGCCAAUAAGCAAUGAAGCAUCUUCUCCGAACGCUGAUUAUCCUCCUACAUUUCAUGUCCAAACAAUUGGAGACGUUCCAUUUACAGAAGCACAACAACCUUCAGACUAUCGUAACCAAAAUGGUGCAAGUAUUCUGCAAAAUCAAGAUGGACAAGAUGAAGGGCUACGGACAAUCAAAUCCAAAUUGAAGGAAUCAACGUCAAACUUCUCGUUCCGGACAUUGACUGAACUCGAUGAUCGAGAGCAGGCAAAUGAGUCUGGAUCUUCUGAUUUUGGGUUGAAUACAAACUCUGCUUGUCCCAAUCAAGCCAAAAGUCAAAAGACAUUUCCCAGGACUUGGCAAUCCGUCUUGUUUUGGGUUAAUGUAGUGAGCAUCAUUACCCUUAUGUUCACAUGGCUUACCUAUUGGGCUGUGACCCAAAAGAGCGACCUGAAUAUUCAAGUCUUCGAGGUUUUUGUACCUUUAGGAUUGAUUGCGUUGAACGUGUCAGUGUGCAGUUUCUGUUUGAAUCCUUUCAGCAAUGCCAGUUGCUGGAUUCAAACAUUCUUGCCUGGUGUGGGACUCAUGGCAAUCUUUUCGGGUGCUUUAUCACAACUCCUUCAUGAUCUAAACAGGAAUGUGUACAUCGUCAAUCCUGAUGGGAAUCGGAUCUGUUGCUUGAAUCAGAGUGUUGGCCUGACCAUUAUGUGCAUCAGCUUCAUUAUGGGACAAUGUGCCGUGUGCUUUUUCUGGUUCAUCAAGAACGGGGCUGACAGUUUGGCACAAAUAUGCUUCCCGGGAUGCGGCCGUACCACGGUUCAGUUGGAUAUGGUAUCGUAUUCAACCGCAUUUCCUCCUAUGAUUCUCGGCCUGCUUGUCGGUGUAGUCAGUUUAACCAGCCUUAAGUGGAGGAAAGGCUCACGAUCAACAUGUAACUUAAUUGGGGUGUGGUUCACCUUCAUCAUUUGUGCCAUGUUUUUGACUUACAACUUGUGGUUUGAGAAGCACAAUACUCGACCUUUGAGUGCCAUCACUUACACCCUAGUGGCGACUAUUUUUGGCAUUUGUACAUUUUAUGUAUUUGUGGUACGAAAGGUGCUGUCGCUGAAGGACAAUCGGGAACUGCGCUUGACAGCCAACACAACCUUUAUUGAGAAUCGCUCUUUGACGAACUUUUGCCACGCUCCAAGUGCAACCACGAGCUCAUCAGUGCACCCAAAUUUCAAUGUCAAUACGUUCAGCAGUACAAGCUCGUUUGCACUGCCAAAUGUCAUCGCAAUGCCAGAAUCGUCAGCUUGGCAAGAACUCUGCCGUUGGGAGUUUGAGAUGAACCAAAGUGAUCCCAUCGAAGAGGGUUUCUUGAGCAGUGGUAGUUCGCAUAUCCAUCAGGACGAGGCCUCAAUAACGGAAGAGGACUCGAGUGACGCUUGCGAAAAGGACAGAGAUGAUAAAGUGAUUGUCCUCACAUCUACUACAACAGGAAUAUCUCGAAUUUAAAGUGGAGUCCAGAAUUCACCAACUAAUUUGAGGACAACAUGUAAAAAUUUCGU